AUGGAUUUUAGCCAUUUAAAUCGUGGGCAGAUGACUCUGAUGGGAUCUGCGUUUUGUGUGGUGCUUUCGUUGCAUUUCACACUGCAGCUUGUGUCACAGCAUCUUUUUUACUGGAAAAACCCCAAGGAGCAGAAAGCUAUACUUAUUAUUAUUCUUAUGGCUCCUAUAUAUGCUGCUGUCUCCUUUGUGGGUUUAUUGGAUAUUAGAGGAAGCAAAGCCUUCUUCAUGUUUCUGGAAUCUGUCAAGGAAUGUUACGAGGCUUUUGUGAUCGCUAAGUUCAUGGCUUUGAUGUAUAGUUACUUGAAUAUAUCUAUUAGUAAAAAUAUUGUACCUGAUGAAAUUAAAGGUAGAGAGAUUCACCAUUCAUUUCCUAUGACUCUUUUUCAGCCUCGAACAGUUAGGCUGAACCACCAUACACUAAAGCUUCUCAAGUAUUGGACAUGGCAAUUCGUUGUCAUCCGCCCAGUGUGUUCUGUCUUGAUGAUAACCCUGCAACUUCUUCAGUUUUAUCCAUCUUGGUUGAGCUGGACAUUCACAAUCAUCCUCAAUGUGUCUGUUUCAUUAGCAUUAUACUCUUUGGUAGCCUUUUACCAUGUCUUUGCCAAAGAGUUGGAACCUCAUAAGCCACUUGCGAAGUUCUUGUGCAUCAAGGGAAUUGUUUUCUUCUGCUUUUGGCAGGGAGUGGUGCUUGACAUACUUGUUGCUGUGGGCAUCAUUCGAGCAAAUCAUUUCUGGUUGGAUGUGGAGCACCUUGAGGAAGCUCUUCAGAACGUAUUGGUGUGUCUAGAGAUGGUUGUAUUUGCUGUUCUCCAGCAGUAUGCAUACCAUGUUUAUCCAUAUAGUGGAGAAACUGAAGCUAAGUUGAAGCUAGGCAAGAAACUUGAAUGA